GAAGAAGCGCCGCGGCGGAGGGGCCCGCGGGAUGGCCAUGGCCUGACGGGGCCGGGGCAGCGCUGCCCCCCGGCACAGCCCCCCGGCACAGCCCCCCGCCCAUGGCGCGGUAGCGGGCGCGGGGCCCGGGGGCAGCGGCGGCGGUGGCGGCGAGCGAUGCGGGCGCCGGGACCAUGCUGAGGACCGAGGCCGGCGGGGCCGGGGGAGCCCCCUCGGCCGGGGGAGCGGCGGGGGCCGGGGGGCUGCGCAGCGCGUCCCCGCACCGGAACGCCUACGAGGCCACCAUCCAGGCCCUGGCGCCCACAAAGGAGGCCGAUGGCGAGGACGGCAAGAAGAGCCGCGGCAAGAAGUAUGGCUCCAACGUGCAUCGGAUCAAGAACAUGUUCCUGCAGAUGGGGACGGCGCCCGGCCCCGAGGGCGCCUGCGACCUGGCCAAGGCCAAGGAGAAGCCGGUGCGCCUGUCCCUGCCCCGCGCCGGCAGCCUCGGCGACGGCGUGGACCAGGGCAGCCUCCUCAAGCUGGGCACCAGCGUCUCGGAGCGCGUCAGCCGCUUCGACUCCAAGCCCGACAAGCCCUUCUCCAAGCUGCAGGAGACCCGCAAGAUCUUCGAGAGGAGCCCUCAGGAGAAGGCCACCAGCACCAAGCUGCUGCUGCGCAAGGAGCGCGCCGGCUUCCAGGACCGCAAGCUGGACGUGGUGGUGAGGUUCAACGGCAGCACCGAGUCCCUGGACAAGCUGGACGCCGACGCCGUGUCGCCCACCGUGAGCCAGCUCAGCGCCGUCUUCGAGAAGGCCGACCUGAGGAACAACCUGCACAAGGCGCAGGGCCGGGCGGCCGCGCCGCUCAACGCCAAGGCGGUGGCCAAGCGGCCCAGGGUGUUCGCGCCUGGCACCCGGGGCGAUGGCCCAGCCGAUGGCCACGCUGCCCCGGCCCGUGCCCGGCCGCCCGACGAGGAGAAGGCGGCGGGGAAGAGCGGGCGGCCGGCGGAGAAGGAGGCGGCCGCGCCGAGGGUGCAGGAGGUCUGCAAGAUCAAGCCCGUGGAGGUGGAGGAGAGCGGAGAGGGCGAGGAGGAGGAGGAGGAGGAGGCAGCGGCGGGUGAAGCGGUGCCCGCGCCCCAACCGGCCAAAGGGGACGAGGGUCCCGCGGCCCCCCGGCUGGACGGGGGCUCGGGGGCGGCCGCGGGCGAGGAGGGCGUCAAGGGCGAGCGGGCGGAGGAGGGCGAUGGCUCCGAGGAGGCCAAGAAGGAGGACUUCUCCGAGGCCGACCUGGUGGACAUAAGUGCCUACAGCGGGCUCGGGGAGGACUCGGGGGGCAGCGGGCUGGAGGAGGAGGAGGAGGCCGAAGGGCUGUACGAGCCCGAGUCGGGCUGCGUGGAGAUCCCGGGGCUGUCCGAGGAAGAGGAGCCCGUCCCCAACCGCAAGAUCCAGUUCAGCACGGCCCCCAUCCAGGUGUUCAGCACUUACUCCAACGAGGAUUACGACCGCCGCAAUGAGGACGUGGAUCCCAUGGCGGCCUCGGCCGAGUACGAGCUGGAGAAGAGGGUGGAGAGGCUCGACCUCUUCCCCGUGGAGCUGGAGAAAGACUCGGAAGGACUCGGGAUCAGCAUCAUCGGGAUGGGCGCGGGGGCCGACAUGGGCCUGGAGAAGUUGGGAAUCUUCGUCAAGACGGUGACAGAAGGGGGGGCGGCGCACCGGGACGGCAGGAUCCAGGUGAACGACCUGAUCGUGGAGGUGGACGGCACCAGCCUGGUGGGGGUCACGCAGAGCUUCGCCGCCUCCGUGCUCAGGAACACCAAGGGCCGUGUCCGGUUCCUGAUCGGGCGGGAGAAGCCGGGGGAGCAGAGCGAGGUGGCGCAGCUGAUCCAGCAGACGCUGGAGCAGGAGCGGUGGCAGCGCGAGAUGAUGGAGCAGCGCUACACCCAGUACACCGAGGACGACGAGGAGACCGGGGAGUACGCCACGGACGAGGAGGAGGAGAUGAGCCCCAUGUUCCCCAGCGGGGAGAUGGCCAUCGAGGUGUUCGAGCUGGCCGAGAACGAGGACACGCUGUCCCCCGUGGAGAUGGACCCCGAGAAGCUGGUGCACAAGUUCAAGGAGCUCCAGAUCAAACACGCCGUGACCGAGGCUGAGAUCCAGCAGCUCAAGAGGAAGCUGCAGUGCCUGGAGCAGGAGAAGGCGCGCUGGAGGGCCGAGAAGGCCCAGCUGGAGCAGAGCGUGGAGGAGAACAAGGAGCGCAUGGAGAAGCUGGAGGGGUACUGGAUGGAGGCACAGAACCUGUGCCAGGCCGUGGACGAGCACCUCAAGGAGACCCAGGCCCAGUACCAGACCCUGGAGCGCAAGUACAGCAAGGCCAAGCGGCUCAUCAAGGAGUACCAGCAGAAGGAGAUCGAGUUCCUGAAGAAGGAGACGGCGCAGCGGCGGGUGCUGGAGGAGUCGGAGCUGGCGCACAAGGAGGAGAUGGAGAAGCUGCAGGAGAAGGUGGGCACGGGGCGCCGGGACGCGGGAUGUCCCUGACCCCCCGCCCGGCCCCGCCCGGCCCCGCCCGGCCCCGCCGCUCCCGCCGCGCCAGCGAUGGAUCCCGGGGAUCUGACUGAGCUCCGGACUGAGCCUCGGAUCCCGCCCCGGAGCCUGGGGGAUCUGCUCCCACCGCACCCUGCUCCCGGAUCACAGGAUCGCUCGGGAUCGGCUCGGGAUCUGCUCGGGCGCCCCGAGCCUCCUCCCGGGCCUGGAUCCCGCUCUGGAUCGCAGCGGAUCUGCAGCUCAGGGGGGGCCAGAGGGGUCUCCCCGGGCGGGGGGAUCCGCGGGAUCCCGGGGAGCGGCGCCGGGCGGCUCCCGUUGGGAUCCCAUGCUGGUCAUGCUGGAUCCCCCACGGGCCCCGCGGAUCCCGCGGGGCAGAGCGGAUCCCAAAGGAUCCCAAAGGAUCCCGCCCGGGGGGUCACGGGGGAGGGGCCGGCCCUGCCCGGCCGGGGGGCACCAGGGCACAGCGGGGAGGUCCCCAACAGCCAGCAGAGCCCCCCCUCCCCCCACUCAGUCACCUCCAUCACCCCCAAAAUGUCCCCUGGCAUCCCACAGAGACUCACCCAGCACCUGCCUGCAGCCCCCUCCCCAUCCCGACCC